AUGCUGGCGCGCGAGCGAGCGCGGCGAGCGGAAGCUUCCAGGAAACGAGAGGAAGCAGAGGGGCGGCGGGAAGAGGCAGAGCGGGCCUUGAGGGAGUUUCAACGGCAGGUGGGAGUUUCGGAGCUGGCUUUGCAGGUUAAGGCGGAAAACCAGUGGGAGGAUCAGCUUUUGAGGGAGAUUUGCUCGGUGGAGAGAGAUGUGGAGGAGUUGAAGGGAGUGGUGAAGGAGAAAGAUGGGGAAUUGGAGAAGCUGAGGGUGGAAGUUUCGAGGAAAGUGGAGCUUUUGAGGCGCGUGCAUGGGCGAGCGAUGAAGAUGAGAGCGGAUGCGAAGGGGACGAUCCGACGGCUGAGAUUGGAGCUGGAGACGGCGCGGGGGUUGCUGGAGAGGAGGGAGGAGAGGGUGAGGGAGAAGGGGAGGGCGUUGAGGGGAGAGAUUAGUGUGCUGGUGAGGGAACUUGAGGAGAUUAGGGGCGGGAAUGAGGCAGUGGUGGGUGUGUUAGAGGAGGCGAGGAGGGAGGUGGUGGAGGAGAGAAGGGUAAUUGAGAAGGGGAGGAGGGAAGUGGAGGAGGCUGUGAACGAGGUGCGGAAGCGGGAGGAAGAGAAGGUGAAGGAGGAGGAGGGGGAGGAGGGGGAGAAGGAGGGAUCUGCUAAUAGGGAAGGAAAGGAAGGUAGUGAGGAAGAGGGAGGUGCGGCUAAUGGCAGUAGUGGAAUGAGCAAUCUGCUGCUGGUCCAGGAGGAUAUGAGGAGGCGAGAGGAGGAGUUGCAGCGAGAGGCGGAGCAGGUGAGAGAGUGGCUGCACGCGGAGAGGCAGCAGCGCGCCCUCCUGGAACAACAGCUUGCAGCGCUGGAAGAGCAGAUAGAGGGGUUGAAAGAGGCGCGAAGUGGUGCUGAGGCGACUCAGGAAAAGCAGCUGGCGGAGUUGGAAGGGCAGAUUGAGGGGUUGAAAGCGGCGCGGAAGGGUGUGGUUGAGCAGAUGGAGAGGGAGAGGCGAGAGUGGGUGGAGGAGAGGGAGAGGGAGAGGGUGGGGAGAGAGGAGGAGAGAGUGCGGGCGGAGAGGGAGAUGAGGGAGAGAGUGGAAGAGGAGGAGGGGAGGAGGAGGGAGGUGGAGGUGGAAGUGAGAGGGUUGAAGGAGAGGCUUGGUGGGGAGGAGGAAGGGAGGAGGAAGGCUGAAAAGGAGAGAGAGGGAGUGAGGGAGAGAGUGAGGGAGUUGGAAGCAGAGUUGGUGGGAGUGAGGGAGAGUCUUCAGAAAGUUGAGAAGGAGAGGAGGGAGGCGGAGGAGGGGAGGGUGAGAGACAGGGAGGAGUGGAAGAGGGAGAAGGAGGAGGUAGAGAAGGAGGUGGAGGAGGAGAGGAAGAGGAGAGGGGAUGCGGAGGAGGAGGUGGUGAGACUGAAGGAACGUGAGGUGGCUCUGUUGACCGCGUUGACUGAGGAGACUGGGAAGGUGGGGGCGCUGGAAGCUGCUCUGGCGGAGCGUGAGGAGAGGAUAUCCUCGAUUGAAGCAGAAAUUCGCUACAAGGAGGUACGUGCUUGUGAGUUGGAAGCGAGGGUUAGAGAGCUGGAGGGGAAGAUUGAGGAAGGUAGGGUUGAGUUUGAGAAGGAACGGAGGAGGAUGGAAGCGGAGAGGAGGGAGGAGAAUGAGGUGAAGGAGAGGGAGAGGGAGGAGGAGAGGAGGGAGAGGGAGGAAGAGGAGAGGAGGCGAGCUGCAGAGGCGGCAGAACGAGAGGCGGAACGAGAGGCAGAGAUGAAAGCGAAGGGAGAGGCGAUACAAAGGCUGGAAGCAGUAGUUAUUGAGCUCAGAGAGAAGGCUUGUGAGCUGGAGAAGCGGCGAGGAGAGAAAGAGGAAACGGUGAAGGGAUUAGAGGAGGAAGUGAGAGAGCUUGGGGAUAUGGUCGCUGUGUUACAGGCUGGUCUAGCUGCGAAACGAGCAGAGCUCGCAGCCAAGGCGGCUGAAGGAGAGAGGAUGGCUCAGCUGGAAGAGCAAGUGAGGGAGGGGGAGGAGCGAGUGAGGGAGAGUGAGGCGGAGAUUGAUGGAUUGCGGAGGGAGAAGGAGGAGUUGAGAGGGGAAUUGGAACGGUUGAAGGGCGAAUUGGAAGGUGUGAAGGUCGAGAAGGAGGAAGGGGAAAGGCAGAUUGAGGGGUUGCGGAGGGAGAAGGAGGAAGUGAAGGGGGAAUUGGAAGGGGAACUGGAGCGACUGAAAGAAGAACUGGAAGGUGUGAAGGGCGAGAGGGACGGGAGGCUGCAAGCAAGCAUGGCUGAGGUGAGAGAGGAGAAGGAGAAGAGGCAGAUGCUGGAGGAGAGGGUGCAGUCGCUGCAAGGCAGGGUCGUGCAGGUGGAAAGGGAGAGGAAAGAGACGGUAGGGAAGCUGGAGGAGAGGGCACGGGAGCUGGAGGAGCAGAAGGAAAUGGUGGGUCAGCUGGAGACGACAGUGAGUGAACUGAAAGAGAGGGUGCAAUCGCUUGAAGGCACGGUAUCGGAGGUGGAAAGGGAGAGGAAGGAGACGGUAGGUCAGCUGGAGAAGGCGGUUCGUGAUUUGGCGGAGAGGAAAGAGAGAGUGUGUCAGCUGGAGACGAGAGUGAGUGGACUGGAAGGGAGGGUGCAAUCGCUUCAAGACAGGGCCGUGCGGGUGGAAGGGGAAAGGGAUGAGACGGUAGGUGAGCUGGGGAAGACGGUAUGUGAACUGAAGGAGAAGAAAGAGAGAGUGUGCCACCUGGAAAAGAGGGUUUCUGAGCUGGAGGAAAAGGUGCAGUCUGUGCAAGAGGAGAGGAAGGAGACGGUGGGGCAGCUGGAGGAGAGGGUACGCGAGGUGCAGGAGAAGGAAGAGAGUGUCUGUCAGCUGGAGCAGAGGGUUUCUGAGCUGGAGGAAAAGGUGGAGUCUGUGCAAGAGGAGAGGAAGGAGACGGUGGGGCAGCUGGAGGAGAGGGUACGCGAGGUGCAGGAGAAGGAAGAGAGUGUCUGUCAGCUGGAGCAGAGGGUUUCUGAGCUGGAGGAAAAGGUGGAGUCUGUGCAAGAGGAGAGGAAGGAGACGGUGGGGCAGCUGGAGGAGAGGGUACGCGAGGUGCAGGAGAAGGAAGAGAGUGUCUGUCAGCUGGAGCAGAGGGUUUCUGAGCUGGAGGAAAAGGUGGAGUCACUGCAGGAGGAGAGGAAGGAGGUGGUAUACCAGCUGGGAACUACAAAAUUCGAACUGGAGGCGAGGAAAGAGAGAGUGUGUGAGCUGGAGAAGAGGGUUUGCGAGGUGCAGGAGAGGAAGGAUGCGGUAUGUCAGCUGGAGAAGACAGUUUGUGAGCUGCAGGAGAGGGUGCAGUUUCUGGAAGAGGAGAGGAAGGAGGUGGUAUACCAGCUGAUAAAUACGAAAUUUGAACUGGAGGCGAGGAAAGAGAGUGUAUGUGAGCUGGAGAAGAGAGUUUGCGAGCUUCAGGAGAGGGUGCAGCUCCUGCAAGAGGAGAGGAAGGAGACGGUGGGGCAGCUGGAGGAGAAGAAAGAGAGAAUGUGUGAGCUGGAGAAGAGGGUUUCUGAGCUGGAGGAGAGGAUAGGCGAGAUGGAGGAGACGCGGUUGAGGGUGGAAGCAGAGUGGAAGGAGCAGGAGGGUGUUUUGCAGGCGCGAGUAGUCGAGUUGGAGGAGGAAGAGGUCGUUUCACGGGCGAGGGUAGCAGAACUGGAGGGGAAGGGCACUGUUUUACAGGCGAGAGUGGCUGAGUUGGAGAGGGGGGUGGAGGAGAAGGAGGGUGCUUUGCAGGCGAGAAUUGCGGUACUGGAGAGUAAGGAGACUGUUGUGCAUGCGAUUUUAGAAGAGCUGGAGAAGCAGGGGGGUGUUUUGCGGGCGAGAGUGGUUGAGUUGGAAAGGGAAGUGGUUGCUUCACAGGCGACGGUAGCAGAAGUGAAGGAGAAGGAGGAGAUUUUGCAAGCAAGAGUGGUUGAGUUGGAAAAACAGGUGGAGGAGGGAAGGGAGGAGGUGGAUCGAGGGAGGGUGGAGGUUGAGAGGGUGAAGCGGGAGAGGGAGGAGGCGAGGGAGAGAGUGUGGGUGGUGGAGAAAGAAAGGGAGUUAGGGGAGGAGGUGAUGGUGGGGUGGAAGAGGGAGGUGGAGGAGAAAGAAGGGGCGGUGGUGGGUUUGAGGGGCGAGUUGGAGGUGAAGGAGGCAGCUUUGAAGGAGUUGGAAGGGGUGGUGACGGGUGUGAGGGGAGAGCUGAAGGAGAAGGAAGGUGAGGUGGUGCGUGUGACAGGAGAAUUGAAGGAGAAGGAAGAUGCUUUGAGGGAGUUGGAAGGGGUGGUGGUGGGUUUGAGGGGAGAGUUAAUGGAGAAGGAAGGGGAGGUGGUGCGCUUGACAGGGGAUGUGAGGGUGAAGGAAGAGGCUUUGAAGGAGUUGGAAGGGGUGGUGAUGGGUUUGAGGGUAGAGUUGGAAGAGAAGGAAGUGGUGCUGGUGGGGCUGAGGGACGAACUGAAGGGGAAGGAAGGGGUUGUUGCAGGCCUGGAGGCAGAUUUGAAGGAGUUGGAAACGGUGGUGGUGGGUGUGAGGGGAGAGUUGAAGGAGAAGGAAGGUGAGGUGGCACGUUUGACAGGAAAUGUGAGGGAGAAGGAAGAGGCUUUGAAGGAGUUGGAAGGGGUGGUGGUGGGUUUGAGGGGCGAACUGGAGGUGAAAGAAAGGGAAGUGGCUCAUUUGACAGAAGACCUGAGGGAGCAGGGAGAGGCGUUGAAGGGGUUGCAGGGAGAAUUGGAAGCGAAAGAAAGCGAGGUGGUGCGUUUGACAGGAGACGUGAAGGAGAAAGAAGAAGCUCUGAAUGAGCUAGAGCAAAAGGUGAAAGCAUUGGAGGAGGGCGCAGAUGCGGUGGUUAUGGGGUUGAAAGGUGAAGUAGAGGAGUUGAGUGCGGUGGCUGUGGCGUUGAGAAGUGCGGCAGCUGAGAAGGAAGCAGCAGCAGCGAGCUUGAUGGGAAGCUUGAGGAAGGAAAUGGAGGAGAGGAAAGAGGUAGCUGCGAGCUUGAUAAAAAGGUUGAGGAAAGACGUGGAGGAGAGGGAAGGGGCUGUGAAGCAGCUGCAGGGUGAGGUGAAGGAGAAGGAUUGUGUGGUGGUGGGGUUGAGAAGUGAGUUGAAAGAGAAGGAAAGUGAGAUGGCGAGGUUGGAACGAGAGGUUGAGGAGGAGAGGAAGGGCGCGAAGGCUGCAUUGGAACGGAAGGGGGAAGAGUUGAGGGCAAGGGAGAGAAAUCUAGAGGACAAGGAGAAGCAAAUCGUGUUUUUGACUGAGGAAGUGAGCAGUAAGCAGCAGGAGAUUAAAGCGCUGAAGGGAGAUAUGGAAGUGUUGAGAGAAGACAGCGCAGUGAUGCAAGAGAAGGCAGGUGAGAGUCUGAGAGAGGCGAGGGAGCAGGUGACAGCACUGGAAGCACAGAUGAGCGGAAAGCAGCAAGAGAUUAAAGUGUUGAAGGGAGAUAUGGAGGUGUUGAGAGAGGACAGCGCAGUGAUGCAAGGGAAAGCUGGUGAGAAGUUGAGAGAGGCGAGGGAGCAGGUGACAGCGCUGGAAGCACAGAUGGGGGAGGGGAGGAGGCAGUUGGAGGAGAGUGUUGAGGAGGGGCGAAAGGCGAGGGAGCAGGUGGUAGUGCUACAGGCACAGGUGGAGGAGGGGAGGCGGCAGCUGGAAGAAAAGAGGCAGCAAUUGGAAGAGAAGCAGCAGCAGUUAGGGGAGACUCUUGGGGAGCUUCGAAAGGAGAGGGAGGAGAUUGAGGUAGUUCGAUCACAGGUUGAGGAGCAGAAGGGGGUUGUGCGGGAGAAAGAGGCUAUGGUGUUGGUGCGGGAUGCAAAGAUUCUGGUCCUGGAGUCUGCUUUGGAAGGGAAGGGCCGGCAGGUGUAUGCUCUGCAGGGCGAGGUGAGAGAGAAAGAGGGACAGAUUUCCUCUUUACAAGCAGAGAUAGAAGAGAGGGUGGGGCAAAUGGGGGUGCGGGAUGCCAAGAUUCUGGUCCUGGAAUCGGCUGUGGAAGGGAAGGGCAGGCAGGUGUAUGCGCUGCAGGGCGAGGUGGCAGAGAGGGCGAGGCAAGUGAGUGGGCUGCAGGCGAUUGUGCAGGAGAAGGAAGGACAAAUAUCCUCGUUACAAGCUGAGUUGGAAGAGAGGGCGAGGGAAGUGAGUGGCCUGCAGGCGAGAGUGGAGGAAAAGAAGGAGCAGGUAUCCUCGUUACAAGCAGAGGUGGAAGAGAAGGUGAGGCAAGUGAGUGGGCUGCAGGCGAGAGUGGAUGAGAAGGAGUCGCAUGCAUCCUCGUUACAAGCUGAGUUGGAACAGGGGGUAAGGCAUAUGGGGGUUUUGCAGAUAAGUGUGCAGGGGAAGGAGGAACAGGUGUCUUUGUUACAAGCUGAGUUAGAAGAGAGGGUUAAGCAGAUGGGGGUGCUGCAGGCAAGUGUGCAGGAGAAGGAGGAGCAGGUAUCCUCGUUACAAGCUGAGAUGGAAGAGAGGGUGAAGGAAGUGAGUGGGCUACAAGCAAGGGUAGAUGAGAAGGGGGGGCAGGUAUCCUCGUUACAAGCAGAGGUGGAAGAGAGGGUGAGGGAAGUGAGUGGGCUGCUGGGGAGUGUGCAGGAGAAGGAGGGACAAAUAUCCUCGUUACAGGCUGAAAAGGAAGAGAGGGCGAGGCAAAUGGAUUUGCUGCAGGCAAGUGUGGGUGAGAAGGAGGAGCAGGUAUCCUCGUUACAAGCUGGUCUAGGAGAGAAAGAGCAGCAGCUGAAAUCACUGCAGGAGCAAGUGGAGGAGGGAGUGAGACAAGCUGCUGCGUUACAAGCAGGAGUGGAAGAGAGGGAGAAGCAGAUAUCCUCGUUACAAGCAGGGAUGGAGGAGAAGGAGCAGCAGGUGUUGGCUCUCGUGCAAGAGAAGGAGCAGCAGGUAGCGGUGCUGCAGAGAGAGAGGGCAGAGUGGGAGGAGGCUAGGGUCAAGAUGGCUGUGAGUGAGAAAGAGGCAGUGGAGAGGAGUGAGAGGGAGAUUGCUGCGAGGGUUGAGGAACUUGCACGUCUGCAGAAGGAGAAAACAGAGGUGUUGAGAGCGGUUGAAGAGCUGGAAGUGAGGGUGAGGGAGAUGGAGGAGAAGGAGCAGCAGGUGUUGGCGCUGCAGGCGUGCGUGCAAGAGAAGGAGGAGCAAAUAGCGGUGCUGCAGAAGGGGAAGGAAGAGAUGCUGAGAGUUGUUGAAGUGCUGGAGGUGCGGGUGAGGGAGAGGGAGGAGAAGGAGAGGGGUAUGGAGAAGGAGUUGAGAGGGAAGCAAGAGGAUUUGAGAGGAAAGGGAGAGGAGUUGAGAAGAAAGGAAGAGGAAGUGAAGGAGUGGAAGGAGCGACUGGGGGUGGUGCAGUGUGAGGUGCAGGGGAAAGUGAGGGAGAUGGAGGAGAAGGAGCAGCACGUGUUAGCGCUGCAGGCGUGUGUGCAAGAAAAGGAGCAGCAAAUAGUGGUGCUGCAGAGAGAGAAGGCAGAAUGGAAGGAGAGAGUGGGAGUGGUGCAGAGUGAAUUUGAGGGGAAAGUCAGGGAGAUGGAGGGGCUAGUUGCUGAGGUGGAACGACUGGCUGGUGAGGUGGAAUGGCUCUAUGCUGAGCUGGAAAAGGAGCGCAAGCCGAAGCGUGUCUUGGAUGCUGAGCUGGCACGCGUGGUUAAAGCGAAGGAGAGUCUAGAAAAGGAGGUGGUGGGUCUGAAAGGGAGAGUGAGGGAGAUUGAAAGAGAGAGUGAGAAGGCGAGAAAACAGGGGGAGAAGGAAAGGAAGAGGUUAGGCAACGAGUGUGAGAGUAUGCGUGUGAAAAACGUGAAAGUGUGUGAGGAGUUGAAUAAGCGAGUGCAGGAGCUUUCAGCCUUAAAGACAGAGAGGGAAGGGCUUGUGAGAGAGUGCAAGGAAACUAAGGAGGAAGCGAGGAAGCUUCGAGAGCAAGUGCAGGUGCUUACUGCUGAAGGGGAGGUGUUAUCUGAGAAGGUAGGGGUUGCAGAGAGGAGAGUGGAGGAGGAGAGGGGGAGGAGGGAGGAGGUGGAGAGGGAGAGGGAGAGUGUGAGGGAGGAGCUGGAAGAGGGGUUGAGGGGAGUGAGGGAGAUGGGGGGGAGAGUGGAGGAGAUGGAAGGGGAAGUGACUGUGCUACAGAGACAGAUGGAAAAGGCUGAGGAGAGGAGAGAGGAGGCUGAGAGGGAGAGGGGUAUUGUAGAGAGGGAUAUGGAGAUGUUAGUCAAGCGGUUGAGAGAGGAGGAAAGGAGUGUGAGGGAGGGAGAGGAGGAGGUGGAGCGAGUGAGAAAGAGAAUGGAGGAAGUGGAGAGGGAGUGGGUGGAGAGUGAGGGGGAGAGGAUGAGGCUGAUGAGGGAGGUGGGUGGACUGGAGGAGAGAGUGAGGGAGCGAGAGGAGGAGGUGGAAGGCAUGAGGAGGGAGAGGGAUGGGUGGAGAGCGGUGUUGGUUAGACUGAAAGAGAGUCUAUUAAGGGAAGGAGCAGGGCAAGGGGUGGAGACUGAACAGAGGGUUGUGGCUGAGGGGAGGUUGCGGGAGAUCGAGGAGAGAGUGAGGGAGAUGGAGAGGGAGAGGAGAGAGGUGGAAGGGGAGGUUGAGAGGGAGAGGAGGGAGUGGGAGGAGAAGGAGAGGGAGAUGAGAGAAGAGUGGGAGGAGAAGAGGUGUGGAAUGGAAGUGCUGGUGGGACAGAUUGAGGAGAUGUGGAAGGGAAGAGUGGAGGAAGGGGAGAGGGAGAGGGAAAGGGAGAGGGAGAGGAGGGAGGCGGAGUGGGUGGAGGAGAGGGGGAGGUUGGUUGAGGAAGUGGAGAGAGAGAGGGGGAGAGUGAGGGAGGAGGGGGAGAAAGAGGUUAAGAGAGUGAGGAACGAGGUGGAGAGGGAAAGGGAGAGAGUGAGAGAAGAGGGGGAGAAGGAGAUUGAGAGAGUGAGAAACGAGGUGGAAAGGGAGAGGGAGAGAGUGAGGGAAGAGGCGGAGAGAGUGAGGGAGGAGGUGGAGCGAGAUAGGGAGGAAGUGAAGAGAGAACUGGAAAGGGAGAGGGAGAAAUUACUGGAGGAUUUGGAGGAGAGAGAGAGGAAGGUGAGAGAGGCAGUGGAGAUGUGGAGGGAGAGCAGGAUGGAGAAGGGGAAGGGAGAGGAAACAAUAGGGGAGGCGGAGGGGGAAAAGGAGAGGGAGAAGGAGGGCAAGGAGAGAGAAGAUGAAGGAGUGGCAAAGGAAGGAGGUGACGAGGGGGGAAGAGCAGAGGUGACAGGGAGAGAAGGGGCUGAGAAGGAGUGUAGGGAGCGAGAGAGGGAGUGGAUAGCGAGGGAAGAGGAGUGGGGGAGGAGGACCUUGGAGUGGACAGGGCAAGUGAAGGCGCUGGGUGCUCAGUGGAAGGGGCUUGUGCAGCGAGAGAGGCGAGCGAGAGUGCGAGAGCAGCGGGCCAGAGAGGAGGAGAGCAGAGCGAGAGAGGAGGAGAGCAGAGCUAGGGAGGAGGGGAGGAGUCAAGGGAGUGGGGUGUGUGUGAUAGGCAAGGAGCAGGUGAAGGAGCUGGGGUCGCAUAUCGCCAGCAUGGAGUCUGUCUCGUGUCCUAGCGGCCAAGGUUCAGCAGGUGCAGGAGGAACGGCAGCGGGUGGAGGGGAUGGUGGUGCAUCUUUUCCAUCCUCUUCCCCCUCCUCCCCCGUCUUGCCCAUCUCCCUUCUCUUUCCCUCUUUCCCUCUUCCCUGUUUUCCUCUUCCUUCAUUGCAGCGGGCCCUGGCGGCCAAGGCACAGCAGCUGCAGGAGGAACGGCAGCGGGUGGAAGGGAUGGUGGAGCAGGCAGCACGGGAGAGGGCUGCGCGGGACGCUGCACUGAAGACGCUUAUAACGGGGAUGGAGAAACGCGACUUCGCGGCGAGUGAGCCAUAUGCAUCAGUGGAUGCAGCAGCAGCGCAGGCCUUCGCAUGGCAUGACUCCCAGCUGGAGGCCUUGACCCGCCGCGCUGCUCACAUGCUGCAUGCCGGCUCCGAAGCACCCACCACAGAUGUUGCGGCGAUGCCAGUAGCAGCACCAGCAGGAGCACCUGCAGGAGCAGCCACAGGAGCAGCACCCGCACCAGCACAAGCAGCAAACCCUGUUCCAGCUGUCUCCUCCCCGAAUUUCUCUCCUCCAACUUCCUCUCUCUCCUCCUCCCUUUCCUCCUCCCUCUCUCAUUCCCUCUCUGCCUGGUCCCUCGCCCACCCUCCCUCCACCAACGCCUCCUCUCAGUGCCUCUCUGCCUCCACCCCCUCACUAUACAUGGGCGAAGGGCGUGCACAGUACGUGUGUCCCACAGCAUGGCCACAUUGUUAUACUCCCCUCUCCGCCCUCAUCCCCCUCUCCGCCCUCAUCUCAUCCCCCUCUCCGCCCUCAUCCCCCUCUCCGCCCUCAUCCCCCUCUCCGCCCUCAUCUCAUCCCCCUCUCCGCCCUCAUCCCCCUCUCCGCCCUCAUCCCCCUCUCCGUCCUCAUCCCCCUCUCCGCCCUCAUCUCAUCCCCCUCUCCGCCCUCAUCCCCCUCUCCGCCCUCAUCCCCCUCUCCGCCCUCAUCCCCCUCUCCGCCCUCAUCCCCCUCUCCGCCCUCAUGUCUCGACCCACAGCAGCUCUGUACGAUUCCGUUGCAAGCACGUCAGCAGGCCCAAGGCACGUCAGCAGGCCCAAGGCACGUCAGCAGGCCCACCGAUGCCGCUGCCAGUGGUGGCUGAAUGCCCCUCCCGUUCCCCCUUUCCACCCCCCACUUCCCUCUUCCCCCCCCGUCCUUCCCCCCCACGUCUCCAGCCCCACGGGCCUCCCCACGGGCCUGUGGGAUUUCUUUGCAGGAACGUCUGCUGGCCCACCCCUGCCGCUGUCGGUGGUGGCUGACUGGGGGGUUGCGGGGAGGCGGCAGCACAAGUGGAUGGUGGAUGGCGUGUGGAUGGAGGUGACUAGAAAGGUAUGCAUGGGAAAGGGAAGGGAGGACGUUGGCUUGGCAGGCCCACUGCUGCUGCUGUCAGUGGUGGCUGAAGGGGGGUUCAGCAGGUAG